UUAACCCAAAGAAACAAAAUAAGAAAAGUUUCCCCUAAACGUUGUAAUGAUGACAACCUUUACAAAAGUCUCUCUUUAUGUUUUAGUUUAUAGUAUGUGGGAUGGGUCUGGUUUUGGAUUCGCUUGAAGUUGUGAAUACAUGUGCUUUUUAUGUUUUUACCUUCUAAAGCUUAAACUUAACAAUCUUUCUUCUUCAUAAACAAAGGGGGGUCAAAGCAAUUUUUUUCUUUUCUUUUUUUGGUAUUCUGAUUAGUAACAGAGAAGUUCAAUCAAAAACAGGUUGAUACUUAUACAUGUGCUCUGGUAGUCUGGUUUUUGAUGGAUUAGAGCAAAAGUAAGUCUCUGUUUUUUUUUUCAAACUCAGGCAUAUACUUUGGGAUGCAAGUGUUGGGAUCAUUGAGAUCAAGGAUUCUUUAGAAUCUCAUUUUAUUUGCUGGUUUAUAUGAAAAAAAAAUGCAAAUUUUGAUCUGGGUUUUUGCUGGAAGAUGAAGAAAAGAAGGUUUUUCAAUUCAUAACAGAAGUUAAAGUUGAGCAAAGGAGAAAAUUUUGAUUUUGAUUGACAUGGAGAGACCAACAACUGAGCAGCCAAGUGUUCCGGCUCGUAGGAAAAAAAUGACCAAACAGUUAACGGGAAAACGCGAUGAUACAGCUCUACAUUCAGCGGCAAGAGCUGGGAAUCUUGCAGCGGUGAAAGAAAUCCUUACAGGUAUUGAGGAGGAUGCAUUGAAGGAGCAGUUAGCUAAACAGAACCAGUCCGGCGAAACUGCGCUUUAUGUUGCGGCCGAAUACGGUUAUGUGGAUUUGGUUAAAGAGAUGAUUAACUAUUACGAUCUUGUUAAUGCUGGGAUCAAAGCGAGAAAUGGGUUUGAUGCACUCCACAUUGCUGCUAAACAAGGAGAUUUAGAUAUAUUGAAAGUGCUACUAGCAGCCCAUCCGGAACUGGCUAUGACUGUCGAUUUAUCGAACACCACGGCUCUUCACACGGCGGCGACUCAAGGCCAUCUUGAGAAUGUGAAGUUCUUGUUGGAGGUAGGUAGUAGCUUGGCUAUAAUAGCAAGGAGUAAUGGUAAAACGCCUUUACAUUCUGCAGCAAGGAAUGGUCAUUUGGAUGUUGUGAAGGCACUUUUGGCUUGUGAACCUGGGAUUGCUCCUAGGAUUGAUAAGAAAGGGCAAACCGCGCUUCACAUGGCGGUGAAGGGGCAGAGUCUUGCUGUGGUGGAGGAAUUGAUAAGGGUGAAUCCUUCAUUGAUGAUAAACAUGGUUGAUACCAAGGGUAACACAAGCUUGCAUAUAGCCACCAGGAAGGGAAGAGCUCAGAUUGUUAAAUUGCUACUUGGAUAUAAAGAAACCGACAUUAAAGCUGUUAACAGAUGUGGCGAAACCGCUUUCGACAUUGCUGAGAAAACCGGCAACCUGGAGAUUGCAUCCAUGCUGCAACAGCAUGGGGUUCAAAGUGCUCGAGCCAUCAAGCCGGCAGCAACGAACCCAGCUCGAGAGUUAAAACAAACUGUGAGUGAUAUAAAGCAUGAAGUGCACUAUCAACUAGAACACACCCUCCAAACCCGAAAACAAGUGCAAGGCAUAGCCAAAAGAAUCAACAAAAUGCAUUCUGAAGGUCUUAACAAUGCAAUAAACUCCACCACUGUGGUUGCUGUCCUAAUCGCUACCGUUGCUUUUGCAGCCAUCUUCACUGUCCCUGGCCAAUAUGUCGAUGACCCGAAUGACAUUCCGCCCGGCGACUCCCUUGGAGAAGCAAAUAUAGCUCCAAAGCCUGCUUUUAUAAUCUUCUUCAUCUUUGAUUCGAUUGCCCUCUUCAUUUCUCUGGCUGUUGUGGUGGUUCAGACCUCAGUUGUAGUGAUUGACAGCAAGGGAAAGAAGCAGAUGAUGGCAAUUAUCAACAAGUUAAUGUGGUUGGCUUGUGUGCUUGUUUCAGUGGCAUUCUUGGCCUUGUCAUUUAUUGUAGUUGGCAAAGAUGAAAAGUGGCUUGCAAUUGGAGUGACAAUUAUAGGAACAAGUAUAAUGGCCACUACUUUAGGCACUAUGUGUUAUUGGGUGAUUAGGCAUCGGAUCGAGGCUUCAAAUAUGAGAAGUAUACGAAGAUCAUCACAGGCGAGCCGGUCACGAUCUUGGACAAUGUCUGUGAUGUCAGAUUCUGAGAUUCUAAAUAAUGAAUUUAAGAAAAUGUACGCGAUUUAAUAAGAUCAUGCCUCAUCCUUUUUUUUAUA